UGGGUGUGGUGAAGAGAUCGCUGGCAAAAACUGCCUCAGUUUGCGUGAGGGCUGCGCGGCCCUUUAAAUGCGUUUAAAAUCGACUUCCAAUGAAUUAUUCUGCUUUGAAAUUCAUCUGUGCGCAUAUCAACAUGCAAGGGAUCUGAAAGAAGCGGAUUUUCGCCCGAACUAGCCUGAUCAGGUCCAGCACGUUGUCGUCUCGGGUGCCGGUCAAACAGGAACAAUGAGUGAGUUGGAACAGUUGCGACAGGAAGCGGAACAGCUUCGCAACCAGAUCCGGGAUGCUAGAAAAGCCUGCAGUGACUCCACACUUUCGCAGAUGACGGCGAGCCUGGACUCAGUGGGGCGGAUACAGAUGAGAACGAGACGCACGCUCCGAGGUCAUCUUGCCAAAAUCUACGCCAUGCACUGGGGCAGCGACUCCAGGUUACUUGUCAGUGCCUCCCAAGAUGGCAAACUCAUCAUAUGGGAUGGUUAUACGACCAACAAGAUGCACGCUAUUCCCCUGCGCUCCUCUUGGGUCAUGACCUGUGCCUACGCCCCGUCGGGGAACUACGUGGCCUGCGGAGGCCUGGACAACAUCUGCUCCACCUACAGCCUUAAAACCCGCGAGGGCAACGUCAGGGUCAACCGAGAGCUGGCUGGACACACAGGCUAUCUGUCUUGCUGUCGUUUUCUUGAUGACAAUCAGAUCAUCACCAGCUCCGGUGACACCACAUGUGCAUUGUGGGACAUUGAGACGGGCCAGCAGACCACCAGUUUCACGGGACACUCGGGUGAUGUCAUGAGUCUGUCGGUCAGUCCCGACUUAAAGACGUUCGUGUCAGGAGCCUGCGACGCUUCUGCUAAACUGUGGGACAUCAGAGACGGGAUGUGCAGGCAGUCCUUCACCGGCCACGUCUCGGAUAUAAAUGCCGUCUGCUUCUUUCCGAAUGGAAAUGCCUUCACGACGGGUUCAGACGACGCCACCUGCAGGCUGUUUGACCUGCGCGCGGAUCAGGAGCUCAUGAUGUAUUCUCACGACAACAUCAUCUGCGGCAUCACCUCCGUGGCCUUCUCCAAGAGUGGACGCCUCCUGCUGGCCGGAUACGACGACUUCAACUGCAAUGUUUGGGACACUUUAAAAGGCGAACGUGCAGGUGUCCUGGCCGGUCAUGACAACAGAGUGAGCUGUUUAGGAGUACCUGAUGACGGGAUGGCCGUGGCCACGGGAUCAUGGGACAGUUUCCUUCGGAUCUGGAACUGAGAGCGGUAUUAAAAUCUCCGGCUCUGUUUCCUCCGGUCCCAUUUCUCCGUCUUUCCACAGCAGUUCCUCCGUAUUCCAGUUAUUACACAUGAUUUUCAGUAAGUAGAUGAAUCCCGUGGAGAAGCCAAUCAUCACCGCCGGCCACAGGAAUUAUAAGAAGAGAUUAUUAAAGUGUCAUUGUGUAAUAUGUAAAUAUUCAUGUAUAUGAAUAUAGAUAUGGUAUAUAUGUACAGCAUUAUGUGUAUGUAUAUACCAUAUAGUAUAUACAUACAUAGUGUUCAUGUAUAUAUUUUUCUAGUUGAUCAUUGGCCCAUGACAUUUUUAUUAAUCUUUCACUCUUUUUUUUUUUUUUUUUUUUUUUUGUACAUAGAAAACAACGCUAAACUAGAUAGAACAUUGCAUGUAUUACAAAAACUUUGUGAAUUUUCUGAAGUUUUUGAAAAUUGGAAAACAAGCGUAAAACUUUUUUUUUUUUUUUUUUUUUUUUUUUUUUUUUUUUUUUUUUUUUUUUAUGCAGAUGAAAACCUCAACUUUUUUUUUUUAUAUAUACACGCCACUAAAUCAGUAAUCAGUUAUUGGUGCUUGAGUUUGAAAAGAAGGCACUGAAUUUUCAAAUGUUUAACUCGAAGCAUUUUGACGCCUCGUUUUUAGGAGUAUUGCUUUUGAUUGAUAACAGAAUUCAUAAUUGAUCUGCCCUUGAACUUCACCCUUGAAUACUAGCGAUCACAAUAUAACUAAUCCUAGUGUAUAAAUUCCUAUUCUUGGUGCUUACAAAGAAAUCUGUGCUUCGAAUGAAUUCAUAACACUUGCUUUUUCUAUUUUUAAAUCCGAAAUGUCCACAAAUUUAAACGUUGCAGUGUUACAAAGAUAGAACGUCUCGAAAAAGUAUCAAUAUUUUUAUUAGUGUUAAUUCACAAGUGUUUUUUUUUUUUUUUUGGUGACCUCUUAGUUUCAGCAUGUACAUGUGUUCACACAGGUGGGGAUGAAGAACACUACCUGGUCAGGAUAGUUAAACUGCUGACAAGUCACUAUAUUAGGCUUAUUUUUUUCUAUUGAUCAAAAAACGUAGACCAGAGCGAUGAAGCCGUUUACUCACUUUCGCCAUCGGUUCUGACAGUAUGUCUGUGUUCGUGCGGUUGCCAGAUUGAUGCUGGUUUGAGAUGCGUGUCAGUUACCAGCUUAACGAGCCUCAUUAAAACGGUGAUAUUUGUGCCAUUGUUAACGCUUUUAACACGUCAUGUAACUGUGAAAAGCAUUUAAAAUAUUUCUUUUACUUGACCUUUUUAUAUUAAAGGGAAUCGGAAAGCAGCUUGAAAUUAUUAUGAGGUAUUAAAACUGUAAGAAGUCCUUUUUGAGUUUGUUUUUUUUUGUUAGAAUAUAUUUUUACAGUUUUAAUUGCUCCGUAAAGGAAUCGAUUUUUGUUUGUUUUUUGCUGUUUUAUGAUGAUUAACUGUGAAAAGGGAUGUCUUUGGUAAUAAUGUCUCAUUUAGAAGUCACUUUGAAUUCAGUUCAAAGAGGAAUUAUGCUGGUAUUAUAAGUAUUGGUUAGAUUUAAGUCAGAUUUCUGUUGUUGGUACUGUAGACGUUGCAGGAUUGCCAAUCAGUGAUUCUUUUUGUGGUUGUUUUAUUAUAAUCAUGUUGAGGAUUUGAGUGGUUGGUUCUGGAUCAGCUUAAAUACAGCUGCCAUAAGAGCGGCUGAAAUGCUGAUGUAGUCUUUCAGAGCUUUCAUGAAAACCACGGAUGACUUUUCCAAAUGCGUUUAGGUGUUUUUUGUUACCAGUUAUUUCCAAUUCCAAACCACUCAAACUUGGCAACAAAAGAGCAUUUUUAGUAUUACAGUAUGUUAGAACCCCAAUGUUUUAAGUAUUCAUAAGAUACUUUUGGCUCGAUCUGUAAGCUUCAUAAUCUUUUUUUUUUCUUCCUCCUCCUCCUUCUUUCUCUUUCUUUUGAGCCAAUACAACCAGGAGUGUGGUGCCUUGUGUCCUUUCACAGUGCCAUAUUUUCAAAUAAUCAUUUUUAAUAACAUCUUGUUUCUCAACUUUUUCGUAUUUGUAAAGUAACCUGGUGAUAAUGCUGCCAUACACUGAUAUUGUAACCAAUAAAAAUACUUUUAACCACA